CCCCCACUCUCCUACCAAGUACUAGAUCCCGUCUUCCCUCCCUCCCGCCUGGGGCCGUUCCGGGACGGCUUACUAGAUAGUCGGCACUACUUCCUAGCCUGAGAUAUAUUACGGAGUACGUUUACUAUGAUUACCGGAGAGGAGGGCUAUUGUCUACACGAUAGGGAUGCGAGUGCGGUGGUGAGAGUGUGUGGGUGUUUGAUGCGACAGAAAGUUUCCCUGGAGGUUGGUAAAGGUCUGGUGAUGUCUGGGCUUGCUUGGCUGACAGCGUUGAUUGAUACUAGGUCGCUACGUCACAAGAACAAGGGGGAGCUAAUUGAUGGAGUGAGAUAUCUUAGUUUGGCAAUUAUAGUAUGUAUUGUGAUCGUGGGUCUGACAGCAAACAUGUCGGGACUCGGCAGCGUGGGAACACAGGAACGCUUCCCGAAAGGGACGAUUUCCGGAGGAACUUGGCAUUGUUUGAGGGGAGAUGCAGGCGCUAAUCUUGAUAAAACACUGCAGACUUAGUGCCAUUCUGACAAAUCGUUUAGUUCGAGGCGGUCUAGAGCAGACGGUGCGAAUUCAAAUGGUCG